AUGCAGUUGACAUGGCAGCACAACCACUCCACCACUGAUAAGCCUCCAAAGGUGCGGGCAGCCCUGUCCCAAAGGAAGAGUGGCACAGCAACAUCGUCUUUGGACGAAGGCGACUUGAAUCACGAAUCCCCCCAUGAUCACAAAGAGGUAUCGUCGUCCAGCCAACCCCGGCAGUACAUGUUCGUUGUUGGGCGACCGACCAAAAGGCGAAAGCGCGAACAUGUCCGAGAGAGCGGAAUGACACGAAAAGCGUCCUGUGACAGCGGCAGGAGCACACGUAGUGACGAGCUGGAACCUCUGCCGAAUCUGACCGAUACGGUCCCGAUCCCGCCAGUGGACACAGACUAUAGUGAGGUCCGAACAGAGGUCGAGCUAUAUCCCCCACAACUGCCUUCUCCUCCUGAUGUUACAUGGCUACAUGGGCAAUUGGAUCCGGAUAUGAUAACCGAAGUUGAGGCUGUGGGCACUCCUGACAGCGAGAAUCUGGAACAGUGUCUGCAAAUCCAGCAUUUUCAGGAUUCGGAUACCGUCUGGAGCCCUGGUUCUUUGGAGAAUGUCAGUGGAACUUCGUCCGAGGCUGGACACCAGUCAGCGUCUGAACACGCACUCCAGUCCAGCCUCUUGUACAUCCCCCAGGUCUGCUUUCCGACACUUCACGACAAAUUUUCUGGGCUUCUUGAUAUGUAUGAUCAAGAAUUCUGCAAUUACCCCAUCACUUGCGACUUUGAUGUCAACCCUUACCGUUAUAGGCCGGAAACCACAAAAGGUUCACAACAUCUGCUGCACGCCGUCAUGGCCAUGUCCUGCCACUUUAGGCUGCGAUCCCCUUCCCAAGUCGCGCCACCCACGGAGGCACUGAGUCACAAGAAUGCGGCGAUGGUGUUAUAUCAAGGGGCGCUGACAGGAGCUGUCGUCUCUGGCAAUGCUUUGAGCCUGCUGGACACGGCACUCGCCCUAUGGCAACUCGAGGCCACCAUCUCGUCACUCAAUAUCUGGAGAUCUCACUUGGCCGACGCAUAUCACCUUCUUGAGCUCCACGGUGGAGUGAGAGGAUGGUCGAUGAGCAGGAAGGCGAAUGUCCAGGUCUCGAUGAUUCUUUGGUGGGAUACUAUGGUAUCAUUACUCGCAAGGACUGAAUGCGUCCUCCCGUACGUCUAUCUUGAGACAGUACUGAAAACAGAAGGCCGGCAGCCCUGGACAUUCUACCAAUUGAAUGGCUGUCCACGCGAACUGUUCGUUCCGAUGACGCAACUCGCCAAUCUCUCCGGUCGUUCAUGGAGCAACGCGAUUUCUGUCGUGGUCACGGAGAUUGAGCAGUCAGUUACCAAGUACAUGUAUCCUGGGCAAGGCGUACAGUGCGACUCGGACGACGAAGAAGCUAUGCAUGUCGAACGAGAUCGCUAUCAUUGCUGCGAGGGGUUCCGGUACGCAUUGUUGAUCUACAUCCUGAGGGUGUUCAAAUGGCCGAGAGCGGACUACCCGGCAGGGCUGCUCGCACGAAUGUCGUUUCUUUCACGGGUCUGCUUCGACCACAUCGCGGCAUGUCGACCUACCUCGAUCAUCCAGAAGCAGCUCCUGUUUGCUGUCUUUAUAGCGGGAUCGGAAGCGCGCGACCCGACCCAUCGCGAGCUCGCGGAAGAGUACUGCAGGCGGUGGUUCAGAAAAUUUGGUUAUCAAAUGUACAUGACCGUGCUGGAGGUUAUGGAGGCUGUCUGGGCCAAACGAGAUGCGGGAGAAGAGGACUUUUGGUGGGGAGAUGAACUUGAUGCGCGGCGAGCGCAAGAAGGAGAUUUUGUACAGUUUUGUUUCGGGUGA